AUGGAGGAUGAUCACGCAGCAAGCCCUUCCAGGUCUACCUCGACCCCAUCAAUUGUCUUGAUCGGCUUACCAGGAUGCGGCAAGAAGACCUUGGCAUUUAUUGGAGCUCUUCACUUAGGAAAGAGGCUUGUCACUGCAGAACGAUACUUUGAGACUGCUACCGGCCUGUCACGAAACGAAUUUCUCCAGAAAAAUGGCAAAACGGCCCUGCAACAACAAACUAUCUCACUGGUGUUGAAAAUGCUUCGCGAAAAUGAAACAGACUGCAUCAUCGAGUGCGGAACGAGCACGUUCAACCGAGAUGUCAAGGAAUUCCUAGUGAAAUACAAAGAAACCCACCCAGUGAUUCAUAUCAGGCGUGAGCAUCACCAGAAUAAGACGCUUUUACAAAUGGGAGAAGCAGAUGCAGGGCGACUUCAGGAAUUUGAUCAUAUGCACUCGACCUGCGCAAGCUUCCAAUAUUUCAACCUCGCAGACCCUGGAUCUACCCCUGAGGUUACUGCUGCAGGGGCUUCUUGUUCCCCUCAUCACCUCAAGGAAGUGAAAGCCGAUUUUUGUCAUUUCUUAGACCUUCUCACUGGUUCUAAGCUCAAACAAGUCGCCGGAUUUCUAAGUCAACCGCAAAUUUUGUCGAGCGCAGUUGAAAAACGCCAUUACACCUAUGCGCUUGUCGUAAAGCUCUCGGAAUUUGUGGAUGGAAACUUUGACCCUGCCUGGUUCGAAUCCGGGGCUGAUGCAAUUCAGAUGGUGAUCGAUAUGAAAGACAGCCCCUCAACAGAAUCGAUUACCAAACAGAUAGCUGUUAUACGACGACUUACAAAGAUACCGAUCGUUUACGAAGUUGUUGAAGAAUCGAAGUGGAACAUUGAUACUUCAAGAUAUAACUUGGAUGGCGAAUUAUUGAGACUCAUUUCUGAUGGAUUUCAGAACUGCGUUGAAUAUACGACUGUCAACAUUGGCCAACUUUCACCUGAACUCUGCCGGGGCAUAAUUUCCUGGAAAAGGCGAACAAAGGUCAUUGGUUGUUCUCAUAACACGGCACAUCAUUAUCUAUGUGAUAAGCAUCAGGAAGCCGAGGCCAUGGGAUGUGACCUCGUAAGAUUGACUGAAGAUGCGACGGGGCGGGAUGACGAGUACGUGCAAGUGGUUACUGGCACAUUGCCUUCCGACCAAGUGGCUAGAUGUCCCCUAAUUUCCUACUAUACGGGAUCACUUGGCCGCCGCUCCCAAAUAUUCAACCAGAUUUUGACUCCUGUAUGGCCUGCGACAUCGGCUAGAGCUACAGAAGAUCAUUACCUCACCGCAAAGCAAGCAAUGGAAGGUCUUUUUGCGACUUUCGUGUACGAUUCUCUCAAAUUUUAUCAUUUCGGUGCCUCCGUGUCAUGGAGCCCAUACCCACCUGCCAUGCACCAGGCCGCUUAUCGCGAACUUGGUCUGAAGCACUCGUAUCAAGUUUACGAAACCAACUCGCUUUUUGAUAUCGACACGGUAGCUUACUCCAUAGAUUUUGGAGGCGCAAGUAUCAGCCUGCCGUUCAAAUCUGCCAUUACGUUUUCAAAUAGAGAUGUGAGAAGCCCCCAUGCUACAGCCAUUGGGGCUGUCAAUACACUUCUUCCCCUGAGAAGUUCAGCCAAAUUUGGUACAUCGCUAGAAUGGCAGGCAUCUCAGCGAAAUCGAGCAGGGAAGGUGACUGGCUGGUAUGGCGACAACACGGACUGGCUCGGGAUCUUGGAGUGUGUCAGCAAAAGCCUCUCCCCCAGAAAUACAAUCAAACCUUCGAAAACGACAGCGCUAGUUAUUGGAGCCGGCGGAGCCGCCCGAGCAGCCAUUUAUGCCUUGAUUCAAAUGGGAUGUCGCAGGAUCUUUAUAUUCAAUCGCACAGUACAGCAUGCUGAGUCUGUGGCCGCCCACUUCAACUCUUGGAUGAAACGGAAUGAACCCCAAAUUCCUGGUACGGUCAGUGUUAUUCAAUCCAUCGGCGACCCCUGGCCAGCCGAUAUUCAACCAGCGACAAUUAUUAUAUCCUGCAUCCCGGCGCACAGCAUAGACGGCCAACUUCCGGCAAAUCUUACGCUUCCAAACGAAUGGCUUCGGAGCAAGUCUGGGGGAGUAGUAGCUGAGUCCCCGUACAUAUCUUACAAAGGCUUUGCUAAAUUCGUCGCCAAUUAA